UUUGUUCACGUAUGUAAUCUAAUGUAUACUGUCCUAUAGAAUGCACGGACUUGCGUUCAUAGAAUCUCUCGUCACUCGCCUACCGAUCUUCCUCAAAGGAGUCACGAUUUCUUUUCACCAACUGUCGAUCACAAUAACAUUAGAAAAUCGGUACAUGCAGCCUCAGUCCUGCCUCUUGUAUAUCAAGAUACCUGAGUCAUACAAUCGUGAGUCAUACAGUAAGAUUCCUUUUCCAGGGAUGUUCUUGAACAGACCGCAAAGCGCGACAACCAGGCAAGAGACUGAGAUGAUCCAUAAGGCCCAACGUGCCCUACACAACACGACGGACUCCAUAGAAAAACUUCGUCUGCUCUGCCUAGCCAGGGGUGCUAAUGGGAUCCUUGGUUUGGGCAGAAUAUUUCGUCGUAUGGAUGAUGAUGGAAACAAGAAAUUGAAUAUAGAAGAAUUUACUAAAGGUCUCCAGGAGAGUGGUUUGGAUGUUGCAGAGGAGGAAGUCCAGGAGAUGUUCAACAAAUUUGACAAGGACGACGAUGGGAACAUCAGUGUUAACGAAUUCAUUGUUGGCAUAAGACCACUAAUGUCUCAAAGUCGCAAAAAUGUCGUGGAUCAAGCUUUUAAAAAACUGGAUAAAACCGGUGAUGGAGUGAUUACCAUUGAUGAUUUGAAAGGGAUUUACAAUGUUAAAUGUCAUCCUCGUUACAUUAGUGGCGAGGAAAGCGAGGAAAGUAUUCUGAACAAGUUCCUAGCAAAUUUUGAACAGAAUAAUACUAGAGAUGGCAUUGUUACCGAAGAAGAAUUUUUGAACUAUUACAGUGCUAUCAGUGCGAGUAUCGAUCAUGAUGCCUAUUUCGAUCUAAUGAUGCGAAAUGCCUACAAACUUUGAGUCUAUUUUACUUUUGCAACAAGAUGUUCCUCUAAUUCAAUUUAUAAUGGCUUUAAACUUAUGGCUUUCACGGUCAAAGUCGACCUUUGAAGUGUUUACGCAAGUGGUAGUGGCUAAUGAAAAAUUCAUGCGCAAACUCUAGACGGUUUAUGAAAGUUGACAGUCUACCUUAUGUAAUAAUUAAUGGCUACUAGCCUCGCCCAGAGACCGAUCUCUAUCCAAUGCAAUUAAUCGAUGACUAAGCCAUUCCAUAAGGAAGCUAGAAAGAUAAUAUUUCUGUUCUUCAUUCUUGAUAUUUAUCCCACUACAGUGUUUCUCACCUCGAUCUGGAUAUAGUUGUUUCUCGAAUCUUAUCUAAAAUGAUUCUCUUACUAGGGAACGUUAUGUUUAUAUAUUAAUUUAUAUAUACCUAUCGACCUAUUAUGAGAUAAAAAUUAACUUGACAGAUUACACAUGUAUACAAAU